AUGUUAGCUGAUCAAAUGUUAUGGAGACUUGAUUUUAUACAUGCAAAAGGCUUCAUUCAUCGUGAUAUAAAACCAGAUAAUUUUUUAAUGGGUAUUGGUCGUCAGUGCAACAGAGUUUUUAUAAUUGAUUUUGGUCUUGCCAAAAAGUUUCGAGAUCAUAGAACACGUCGUCAUAUUUCAUACAGAGACGAUAAAUCUCUUAUCGGUACAGCGCGAUAUGCUAGUCUUAAUUCCCAUGCUGGUAUUGAACAAUCUCGAAGAGAUGAUAUGGAGUCUCUUGGUUACGUUUUAAUGUAUUUCCUCCGUGGUAGUCUACCAUGGCAAGGACUACAAGCUGGCAACAAACCACAGAAAUAUGAACGAAUACAUGAAAAGAAAGCUAGCACACCAAUUGAUGUUUUGUGCCGUGGUUAUCCUUCAGAAUUUCUUGUUUACCUGAGUCAUUGUCGUGCUUUGCAAUUCGAAGAAACACCGAAUUAUGGGUUUUUGCGGAAUAAUUUUCGUAAUCUCUUUCGAUCUUUAUCAUUUGUCUGGGAUUAUGUGUUUGAUUGGACAUUGUUACGUCAAAAAGCGUCCGCAAUUGAACAUCACCAACAACAGCAUCAACAACAACAAUCAUAUCCGCUUUCACAGUUUACUUCUGGUAAUGAAGGUUGCGAUCAUCGUGCUCCUACUACAGAAGCACUCGGCACAAGAGGAACUGGGACAUCCGGUGGAAUUAUUCCCCCUGGUCAGACAACCAGCACAAAUGUUGCUGCCGCCACAUCGGUAAAGGAGUAG